CUCUCCAACUCGAGAAAGAGAGAGAGAGACGGCACAAGCGAUGGCUUCCAUGGCAGGCUUACGCGGCUUGUCCCAGGCAUUGCUCGAAGGGAGCCUUCAGCUCGGCGGCUCAAGCAGGCUCGCCGUUCCCCGCGGCAACCGCGUGGCCGUCGCCCGGCCCGGGCUUGCCGUCCGAGCCCAGCAGCAGGCUGCGACCGAGGGUGAUUCCUCCGCCGCCCAUAGCAGCCGCCGCGCUGUGCUUGGUAUCGUGGCCACCGGGCUCGCCGGCGGAUCCUUCGUCAAGGCCGUGCUCGCCGAUGCCAAAUCCAUCAAGGUCGGCCCGCCUCCCCCGCCCUCCGGCGGCCUCCCUGGGACCUUAAAUUCCGAUCAGCCAAGAGAUCUUCAGCUUCCACUGAACCAGAGAUUCUAUCUGCAACCACUACCUCCAUCGGAAGCUGCAGCGAGGGCGAAGGAGUCAGCCAAGGACAUUCUAAAUGUGAAGCAGCUGAUUGAUAAGAAGGAAUGGCCGUAUGUUAUGAAUGACCUCCGCCUCAAGGCAGGAUACCUCCGUUUCGACCUCAAUACCAUCAUCUCCGCUAAACCAAAGGAGGAGAAGAAGACACUUAAGGAACUCACUGGAAAGCUGUUUGCUGCAAUUGAUGAGCUUGAUCAUGCUGCAAAGAUCAAGAGCACCCCACAAGCUGAAAAGUACUAUGCAACAACCAAAUCUCUCCUCGAUGAUGUUCUUGCAAAGAUAGGCUAGAGGCCUGCAUUUGCUGCAGGUCGAUGUCUGAACUAUUCUUCGGAAUUCUUAUCUCAAUAAAGAUAUCAUCAGUGAUGUAAGCUUCCAUCUUUGUCCAGUUUGCAUCUUCGGGCAGCUCGAGACGCCUAGCAAAUCCAUACUCCCACCAGGGGCCAUUUUUCCAGUCCUUUGGAUCAGUUUCUCGCCCUCUCCACCGCCCACUGAUCUCGACCACCAUUUCCUUCAGGUUGCAUACAUCCACAUCACAUUUUCUUGCACCAACUGAAAAAAACAUGAGGCUCUUAAGAUAUUGUAAUGCUUAAUCAGAUUCAUGAACAUUUAGACGGAUCGGAGGCAUCUGAAUGCUUGGUUUGUCCUCUGUUAAUCUUCAAGUAGAGAAGUUUUUGGAGAAGGUUAUCAUCAUACAU